AUGCUUAUAAAUUCCAUAGUAACAAUAUCGAUUGCUGGUUUUGGUGGUUGGGAGAACAAUUACUUCACGGAAAAAAUUGACGCUGGGAAAACUCUAAUUGUUGACCUUCCACGGGGACUUAUGCAAGUUCAUAUUCAUGUUCUGGGAAAACAUAAUGAAGCAAUUGCAGCGAUUCUUGAUGAUCCGAAGCCUGAGAAUAUCGAUAAACAGUGGCAUAAAAAUGUUAUUUACAUAAGUGAUGAUAACUCUGAGUUCAUUAUUUACGGCGGACCACACGGAAAAGAUGUCAAUAAGUGGAAAGCAAUACAGAUAACAUCAGAUAGUUUUGAGAACUGUGCUUCAUAUCCCUACAACCCAAAGAUUGUCCGACAAACGUUAUCAGAAAGUGGGAAUAGAGCUCCACCCGUUCUAUCUGACUUUGAGCAAAUGAUGACGCCCGCGUUGGCGCAGUGGGCGAGCCAAAUACAGUCCCAAUCCGCUCCGAUCUGCGAUCUUCCUGAACUUCUUCCUGUAUCAGAAAACGAUCUCGAUGGACUUCUCACUGAUCGGUCACGGGAGGAGUCGCAAGACUCCCUUGGUUACAAUUCCGCAACAUCCUCCGUGCUUGACCCCGGAGAACGGCACCGAGAAUCCAGCUUAAAUUCAGUCUUUUCUGAUGCUUCUUGUUCUUCCAAUAAUUCAGUUAUUUCCGACACAUUGACGAAAGCAGACGAAACCAUCAACAAAGAGACCCGCCAACGCAAGCCUUUCCAGCGAGUCAUUUACACAGACGAGCAACUUUCAAUCCUCGCCCUUCGAUUCGAGGAAAAACGUUACUUGACUACAGAAGAGCGACAUCAGCUGGCCACGGAAAUCGGCAUCACGGACACGCAAGUUAAAGUUUGGUUCCAAAAUCGACGAGCAAAGGAAAAACGAAAACGUUACUCAAAAGACUCUGGCCUCAGUUUUCAGUAA